CCCCAAACUCAGAUAUGGGGAGUCACCCCUCGAGGAAAACCUGCGGUAGCUCUAGUUGACUCCACCCUUGCAGACUGUUUCCCAUCAACCGGCUCUCAUUCCAGAUCCUGCAGGCAAGCAGUGGACAUACUCGUACAGCCGCUGGUAUCAUGAACCAGCCCUGAACUGCGGAGCGAAGUGACCAAAGUAAAAAAAAAGUCUCAGACUUUCACUGACGCUCCUUCCCGGUCAUGGGGAAGGUCUACUACAUCAGUAAGAACGUGGGACUUGGACUACUCGUGUUAGCUCUGAGCGCUCUGGUAACCAUUGUAGCUCUGUCUAUCGCCUAUGACAAGGAGAGGUCCAAGAAUCGAAGAAGACCCGAAGAACAAGCGGCGGCCAACAAUGACACCCCCGAUCCGACUCCAGUCGCGUCAAAGGAUCCGUGGGACCAGUACAGACUUCCUUCCGCCCUGGUCCCCACCACCUACAAUGUGACGCUAUGGCCUCGCUUGAAGCCCGACGCAAACGGCCAUUACAUCUUCAGCGGACACUCAGAUGUGGUCUUCACCUGCCUCCAGGCCACAGACCUGGUCCUCAUCCAUGCCAACAAGCUCAAUUUCACCACAUUCAACGGGCACCACGCCUUGCUGAGCGACCUGUCGGGAACCCGGAUGCCGACCAUCCGCAAGUCUUGGCUGGUGGCAGAGACAGAGUACCUGGCCCUGGAGCUCAGCGGCAGCCUCACAGAGGGGGUGUCCUACAUCUUACACACUGAGUUCCAGGGAGAAUUGUCGGACACACUGGAAGGAUUCUACAGGAGCGAGUACUUAGAGGAUGGCGUGAAGAAAGUGGUCGCCACCUCUCAGAUGCAACCCACGUUUGCCCGGAAAGCCUUCCCAUGCUUCGAUGAACCCGCCAUGAAAGCCGUCUUUAAUGUCACCGUCAUCCACGACCGGGACAAAAUAGCUCUGUCCAACGCCCGGGAAUUAGAUGUCAGAGAUGUGGUCAUGGAUGGGGUGGCGGUCCGAGUUACAAAGUUUGAGCCCACGGCGAAGAUGUCCACCUAUCUGUUGGCCUUUAUCGUCAGCAACUUCAGCUAUAUUGAGUCUACUCAACAAAAUGGCGUAAAGGUGCGGGUGUGGGCUCGAAGAAAGGCCAUUGAGGCCGGACAUGGCGACUACGCUCUAAAUAUCACUGGAAAAAUUCUUCAGUUCUAUGAGCACUACUACAACAUACCCUACCCGCUCCCCAAAACAGAUCAGGUGGCUUUGCCUGACUUCCAAGCCGGUGCCAUGGAGAACUGGGGCCUGGUCACCUACAGGGAGACGACUCUACUCCACGACCCGAACAAAUCCUCAGCGGGAAACAAACGAGUGGCCAGUGUCAUCGCACACGAGUUGGCGCAUAUGUGGUUCGGCAACCUGGUGACCAUGCGCUGGUGGAAUGAUCUGUGGCUCAAUGAGGGCUUUGCGUCCUAUGUGGAGUACCUGGGAGCGGACUAUGCCGAGCCGCAAUGGAACAUUAAAGACCAGAUCGUUCUGGAUGACGUCCACCGGGUGUUCAAUCUGGACGCCCUGGCUUCCUCUCACCCGCUUUCCCGCCGCGAAGAUGAGGUGAAAACACCUGCUCAGAUCAGCGGGAUAUUCAACACCAUCUCCUACAGCAAGGGGGCGGCGGUCCUCAGAAUGCUGUCCAAAUUUCUGGGUGAAAGGGUGUUUGCCAAGGGACUCAGUUCUUACCUCAAAGCGUUCAGCUUCGACUGCACCGUGUACACAGACUUGUGGGACCACCUCCAAAAGGCAGCGGAGGACACUCCGGGUUUAGAUAUCCCACACACGAUCCACGACAUCAUGAAUCGCUGGACUCUACAGAUGGGCUUUCCGGUGGUAACCAUCAACACCAAGACCGGACUCGUCACCCAACAGCACUUCCUGGUGGAUCCCGAGUCGGUGGUAGACAGGCCCUCGCAGUUCAAUUAUACGUGGUUUGUGCCCAUUAAAUGGAUGAAGACUGGCGUUGAACAGCGACAGUACUGGCUUCUCCAUAAGACAGACAGCCAUCCUCAAAUGAGAGUCUCAGGAGUCAACUGGGUACUGGCCAACACCAAUGUGUCAGGAUACUACAGGGUCAACUACGACACGGACAACUGGAAUCGCCUAAUCUCAGUGCUGGAAGCAGACCACCUGACCAUUCCCAUAAUAAACCGAGCGCAGAUCAUUGAUGACGCCUUCAGCCUGACACGAGCCAAAAUGGUGGACGUCACACUGGCCUUUAGGACCACCAAGUACUUGUCCAAGGAGACGCAAUACAUCCCGUGGAAGGCAGCAUUGGGAAACCUCUACUUUUACUACCUCAUGUUCGAACGCACCGAAGUCUACGGACCCUUACAGGCGUACACCAGGAAGCUCAUCCAACCUCUUUUUGAGUACUUCACGAAGAUGACGCACAAUUGGACGACAGUACCCGAGGCACUCACCGACCAGUACAAUCAGAUGAACGCCAUAGGAAUGUCUUGCGCAGUGGAUAUGCCGGCCUGCAGGGACCUCAUCAAAAGUUGGUUCAAAAGCUGGAUGGAGCAUCCGGAAGACAACCCGAUCCAUCCCAACUUGAGAAACGUCGUGUACUGUAAUGCCGUGAAACUGGGCGGCGCGGACGAAUGGGACUAUGUCUGGAUGAUGUUCAAGAACGCCACGCUGGCCUCCGAGGCCUCCAGGCUCAGGUCGGCCUUGGCCUGCACUAAAGUUCCCUGGCUGCUAAACAGGUAUUUGGAUUACACUCUGGACCCGACUAAGAUCCGCAAGCAGGACGCCUUGUCCACCAUCACGAGUGUGGCCCACAAUGUGGUGGGCAUGCCGCUGGCCUGGAACUUUGUCAGAGCACAAUGGAAACAGCUUUAUCAAGAAUAUGGAAAAGGAUCGUUUUCCUUCCCCGGGCUCAUCAAUGGAAUCACCACACGCUUCUCCACAGAGUUUGAGCUGCAAGAGUUGCAGAGAUUCAAAGAGGAUAACCAGGAGGUGGGCUUCGGUUCAGCCACCCAGGCACUGGAGCAGGCCAUGGAGAGGACGUCUGCCCAGAUCAAAUGGGUAACGGAGAACAAAGGCCGAGUUCUGGACUGGCUCUCUCGGGAGUCUGUGUGAAAGCUGGGAUGGCAGGAAUAACUCUUCUGCCUUUUUUACGCUAUAAUCAUCAGGAUGCCUAAUCUCUGCACCAUGUUGUUGGAGUACAGUUGCACACUUUUUGUUUUGUGUGUACUUAAAAUGGCCACUUUCUAGGAAGUUACAACAACUCAUGCAGCAAAAAUGAUAUUCAUAAUGAUGCCUUUGGUGCACAAAUGUUCCAAAAAGCCUCUUAAUGCACAUUCCAAAAAUGUGUUUCCUCCUCCUUGGCCAUGUAUUUGGAAAGUAUUAAAGCAGGAAUAUUACCAAGUAACCUCAAUAAUGUUGCAUUAAAAUAUAUAUAUAUAUAUUAUUGGAAUAACAACAAACAAUGACAAUAUAAUGAUACCGCAGUAUAUACACUAUAAUAUCGAACAGGUUGUGGUCAAAGGCAGUAUAACUCAAAACAGCUCAAGUGUAGAUUUUUUUUUUUACCCUAGUAACACAUUUUUAACAUUUCAUAAGUAACGUGCCUGAAAAAGUAAACAAAAUAUACAAAGACUCCAAACGAAUAAGACCAUCAUUUUCGAAGUCUGAAAUUUCCCAGUUUUCAUUAACGCACCAUUGUUUUUCAUGGACUCCAUUAGUGUAUGGUUCACAGCAGUCAGCUUUUUUGAUGGAAUCUUAGUUUGUGGUAGCAAACGUGUACAUAUGUAUAUGUGUUACAAUAAAUGACUGCAAACUAAAAACACCUUAAAUUCUACCAGUGUUAAACUCACUGUAACCAAAGGUAUGUGGAAGCUGAUAAGCAGUGAAUGAUUACACAUGUGAAGGGUUUAUCUAAGGUCAUCUAGCUGCUAGCUACCAAAGUGUGUUUGUUUAUUAAGAGUUUGGAUGUUGUGAUUUUUUUUGUUCGGGAACAACAUGUAAUGAGAUGAUGUUUGACGAAGAUAAACUGUCAAUGUCUGGAUGUUGUACAUCAGAUUUUACAUUUAAAAUUGUUUGUUUAUUUGGUCAAACCAAACCACCAAAACAUUUACAAACCAAAGACCAAAAGGUGUGUAGACUGAAGCCGAAGCUUAUAGUGUCUACCCUUUUCACAAAAUAUCAAAUUAUCACCAUAUAUACGGUAUUCAUGUUGAUCAGUGGCUAGCAGAGGUGUUGUCCUCAGCUGUCGCUUCCCCGCCAACCGCCCUCAGCAGGGGUCUUUCCUUAAGGACUUUAGCGCCGCCAUGUUCCCUGUUUAGCACCUCCGUGUGCUCUGUUUGUCUUAGGAAGUCUGCAGCGAGGCGACAUCUAAUUAAAGGCCUCCACAACCGCACAGAACAGCAAGAAACUUGGCUAAAUUCGAUGAAAUAAAAUAAAACAUUGAAUUACAAAUAUCAAAUUUAAAACAAUUAUUUUCAAAAUAUUAUUUUCUUCAAAAAAUAUUUGUAAAAAUGCAAUAUUUAAAAGUAAGACAGAAAAUACAAAGGUUUUGUUUGAAAUUCAUUGUGCAAAUUAAAAAAAAAGUUUUAUUACUAAAAUAAAAUAGAACAGUUUAUAGUUCAUAAUAUUUGAUAAAUGAAAAAAUAUAUAUUUAAAAUAGAUGUCAGGUUUCUACUAAAUGCAACACUUUUUAGAACAAACAUAUCUUCAAUUUUAGCAGGAACCUCCUCAUAAAAUUAAACAGUAGUAAUCAGGGAAAUCUCUGGCAUUCAACUAAACACAUUAAAUACAUUUGUGCGAAGUCCUACCAAAUUUGGAGUGCGAAAAUGAAAUUAAAACGUUUUAAGUUUGGCAUAUUAUUUCCAUAAUACUUUCUAAUACUGUAUGUAAAAAAAAUACAAGUUUGAAAGCAAGCCCUAAAGUAUUUCAAUUUUGUAACUAGCCCGCCAUUAUUUUUUCGGAUAAAAUUAAACUAAAUUCGAACAAGAACUAACACAUUAAAAUGAAGAAAAACAUGAUGAACGCAUUUAGGUUUCAGGCUUAUUACACUCAUCAUAUUGAACAAAAAAAAUGAUAAAAAAAGAAACACUACAUCAGACACUUCUGCAAUGAUAAAUUAGGUUUAUUCCCAAUGUAAAAAAGUCAAUAAAUAUGCAUAAAUAUGUACGAAAACAUUUAGUUAUUCAAAAAAACCCCCAUCAACUACAACAAAAAAAGUAAAGUUCAUUGUUGCAAUGAAGGUAGUUCCUCUGUUUCCCAGCACUGUCCUGGGAAGUCGUGAAGCUGUUGCUGUGGCAACCAGUACUGCUGAGCGUGGACGGACACCUUGCUUGGAAACUGAGAAGAUGAAAAAACAAGUUCGUUAAAUUAAUGAAAAAAUAAACUAUUGUUGAACUUGUGCAAUUGUCAUGUUCAUAUUCAUUUAAACAGUGAAGAAAAUUGACUGUUUAAAUGGAAGCCCAAAAAUAUGGCAGUUGCUUUUUAAUUUAGACAUUGUUUUUGUUCAUAAAUCUACUGAAUUCCUAAUGGGGGGGGCGGGGGUGUUUAAAAAAAGUGUUUGAGAUUCAGCCGUAUUAUUUUCAAGGUAUUUAACAAAAAAAUAAAGAA